CCCGUCUCUCUCCGAGCUCGCACUGGCUGGCGGGGCACUCGAAUGCGCCGAGUUUAUGAUGGCCCUUAAGGUGUCGACGCCCACCGCACUCAUGUUCUCUGUCAUGCUGGAGUGCGAAGAGGUUGCCACUCUGCAAGACACUUCGGCGAUCCUGUCAGCCUUUACCCAGUACAUGGUGGGCAGUGACACUAUGGAGCUCAUGAUAGACACCUGGUACUCUCUCCUGGCCGAGGCUUUGCCAGAGUCCGACGAUCCCGAUUCCCUGUCUUACCGGGCAACACUAAGGCUGAACUUCACGGAGAAGCCGUUCAUAUAUAAGCACAGAGCCCAAGUUUUCGCCCAAAUCUGUAGGAUCUUCCGAAUGCACGACGUGGCGUCGUUAACCUUGGCACUACCUCGCCUCCCGGGGAUUGAAGACUCUGCCAUAGUGAUGCAGAACACUGACAAGGUCUCGUGGAUAGACGAUGAUGUACAGGAGACCCCAUAGAACCCACAGUCGCUGUAUCAGAUGUAUAUGAGCGAUGGGACUUUCGGACUGAACGAAAUUGGACUCUGAUGUAUGGCUAUACACUUUGUAAACGAUACAGUCGACAGUUGCCCAAAGAGCAGGGGGGGUGCUACAUGUAACUGACAAGAUUGCAGCGUAAAGCUCGAACUUAAAACUUGAUGCACAACAGCCACUGAGUCCC